CUAACAGGAAUUUUAUCCCCCGUAAGCGCAUGCGUGGUAUCGACCUGCAGGUACCAGAAAUGGGUAUAAUUCAUGGGGAGAGAGCUAAAAGAGUCGUAUACUCCCUGACGUUGAUAUCGUGAUGAGGAUGCUGUUGGUGGUAGUGGAUUGAUGCGGAGGUAGAGGUGACACGAUAUAAAACUCUCGGCAACGUGUGCUGCUGUUUUGCGGCGUCCUGUGAUCUCCACCUCAGUCCGUCACCAACCGCUGCUGAUACCGGCAAUCCUUUUUUUUCCUUAUCACGUCAACAAACUCGCAAUUCACCAAACGGCAUGUUUGGUCCAAAACAAUAACAAACCAUCAUUCACAAAAUGCCCAUAACUAAUGAAAAAGAUAACAUUUUAAAAAUUAUAAUACAAAAGAGGAAAAUUUAGAUAAAAGUGGAUUUUAGGACGAAAACAAAAAUUUCUAAGUUUCUUUGUUUUUAUCUGAUCAUAAGAGGGUGUUGUGUUAGUCCCCUGAGCAGUGGACCAUGUUCGUAUGUUAUCGGUGUAAAAGGGUGUGCAGUUUAUAGAAGUUCUCGGUCAAUGAACUGUAACUAUCAGCUUCACAGAAGGGUUGAUUUGAAACUGAAAUCUUCCUUAAAUAUUUUCACCCUCGGCAGCUGAAAUACAUUUUUCCCUUUUGUUGUUAAAGUUUGAGAAAAUAAAUACUGAGGAAUGGAAAAAACUUUUAUACAAUCAUAUUUUUUAUUAACAAACCGUUAACAAGAUUUAUGUCUGAAUGAGAAAUGAUCUCAAGUGAAUAAGAAUAAUGAAGAGACACUAUUGUAAAAUUAAGAAUAAUGUCGGGUACUAGUAAUGGAUGUAUAAGAAAAAGUAGAAGUAAAAGCCAAUGUUAUAUUAGUUCAGCAGUAAUGACAGUGCAAGAAGAACUUUUGACGAGUGGAACUCGAGAUGGUUUAGCUACAGAAGCAUCGCUACAGGUGACACAUGGUCCCCGAGGUGCGACAACAAGUAUUUUACAUCAUCCCAGCAUUAGUAGAGGUGCUUCUAUACAACGACGUCAUAGAAGAUCGACUAGUAGACAAAUGUUACUAGUUGUUGUUGCAAUUAUUCUACUAGUAAUCACUUCAUUAACAAUUUUACUACUCAUUUUAACACGAGACUGCAAUCAAGAAGCACAUCCAAACCUUUGUCUAACAGAGGAAUGUGUUCGAACAGCUGCCAGUUUAUUAUCAGCCAUGAAUCAAACAGCAUCGCCUUGUGACGAUUUUUUUCAAUACGCUUGUGGAACAUGGAAUCGCCUUCAUGUUAUACCAGAAGAUAAAAGUUCUAUUAGUACUUUUGAGGUGAUGGCAGAUCAACUUCAGGUGAUCUUGAAAAGAGUUUUGGAAGAACCAAUUAACAACUAUGACAACGAUGCAACUGUCAAGGCAAAGAUGUUUUACAAGUCCUGCAUUCACAUCCCUGAGAUUCGAAAAUUCGGAGAUGAACCUUUACGAAGAGUAUUAAAAUCACUUGGUGGAUGGCCUGUUGUUGAAGGUGCUUCGUGGAAAGCUCCUACAUAUCCAGUGGAAGUUCUUUUAGGACGACUGCGUGGAGAAUUUAAUGAAGGAGUUUUCUUUGAGCAAUGGGUCGGUCCCGACGACAAGAAUUCCUCGAUGAACAUCCUCCAGUUGGACCAAUUGCAACUGGCAUUACCAAGUCGAGUUUAUUAUUUAAAAGAACAUAGUGAGGCAGAAUUGGAAGCUUAUCAUCGUUACAUGACAAGCAUAGCAAUACUUUUGGGAGGGAGUUCGGAAUCUGCGUCCGAAGAAUUCAAAAAAGUGAUUGCACUUGAGAAGGAUUUGGCAAAUGCUUCCCUUCCAGAAGUUGAUCGUCAUGAUACUUCGUCUGUGUAUCGGAAAUUAACUUUACGAGAACUUCAAAAGGAAGUGCCUCAAAUAAAAUGGCGAACAUAUUUUGAAGAGUUCAUAUUUGUACCUGUUACUGACGAUGAGCCACUUGUAGCAUACGCUAUGCCAUACUUUAUUGAAAUGGGAAAAAUCAUAUCAAAAACAGACCGCAGAACAUUGCAUAAUUAUAUCAUUUGGCGAUUAGUGAUGUCGAUAGCACCUCAUAUGAUUGACGAGUAUCAACAGAGACGGAUAGAAUUUCGUAAAAUCCUUAUUGGCGUUCUUGCUGAGAGGGCAAGGUGGUCUCAAUGCGUUGACUGGACAAAUAAGAAGUUAGGCAUGGCAGUUGGAGCUCUUUUCAUUCGUGAAAAUUUCAACCACGAAAGCAAGGAAACUGCUCUACAAAUGAUACAAACAAUUCGUCAAGCUUUUAAUGAGCUUCUAAUAGAAAAUCAAUGGAUGGACGAUGAAACGCGAGCGGUCGCAAAAAGUAAGGCUGAUUCUAUAAAUGAGAAAAUAGGUUAUCCCGAAUUUUUAAAAGAUUCGAAGAAAUUGUCUGAGGAAUAUAUAACGCUGAACAUCACUGCUGAUCAAUAUUUAGAAAAUAUAUUAGCAGUAUUGAAAUAUGAAGCAUAUCACGUAUUGAUGAAAUUACGUCAACCAGUUGAUAAGGAAAAAUGGUCAACGGAACCAGCUGUUGUAAACGCUUUUUACAAUCCAAACAAUAAUGAUAUUGUAUUUCCAGCAGGAAUUUUGCAGCCACUAUUCUACUCUCAGCACUUUCCUAAAUCAUUAAAUUACGGAGGGAUCGGUGUAGUAAUAGGACAUGAAAUUACUCACGGCUUUGAUGAUAAGGGUCGUCAAUUCGAUAAGGAUGGAAAUAUGAUGCAAUGGUGGAAUAAUGCAACGAUUAAAGCUUUUCGAGAAAGAACUCAAUGUAUCGUUGAUCAAUAUUCAAGGUACAAACUUCAGGAGGUCGAUCUUUAUGUUAAUGGAAGAAUGACGCAGGGUGAAAAUAUUGCAGACAAUGGAGGUCUCAAACAAUCCUUUAGGGCCUAUAAAAAAUGGGUAUCUAGUCAUGGAGAGGAAUCUUUAUUACCUGGAGUAAAUCUUAAUCAUGAUCAACUAUUUUUCUUAAAUUAUGCACAAAUUUGGUGUGGCACUAUGAGACCAGAAGAUGCGCGAACUAAAGUCAGAAGCAGUGUCCAUUCUCCAGGUCGAGCUCGUGUAUUGGGUCCACUCUCGAACAGCGAGGACUUUGCCAAGGCCUACAAUUGUCCUUCGGGUUCUCCAAUGAAUCCUACACACAAAUGCAGCGUUUGGUAAUGAAGAAAAAUUUAAUCCUGGAAUUCUACUUAUAAAUAAUAAAUAAUAAAUUCACGUCAAAACUAUAAAUUUAUAACAUCAAAUGUGUCAAUAAAUGCAGUAUAAAAAAAAGAUUUGUAAAAAACUAAAGUAAUAACAUAAAAUAAUGAAACGAGAGACGAAAUCUCAAAAAAUACCAAAGUAUUAUAAAAUAUCUUUAAGAUACUUUUCGCUAAAAAUUAGCAUUUUAAAAAAUGUCUAGUUUUUUCAAUGUAUUUCAAUGCAUUUCUACUAACAAAAUAUUUGUCCUUCAAGUCGACAGUAAAAGAAUAAU